CGUACGAAUAAAAAAAUCAUCAUAAAAAGUUUUAAUUAAAUUAAAUGUGAUUAGGAUGCGAUUUAUAGUUAUUAUAUUAGUAAGUGUAUUAGGAUAUUCACUUGCCGAUGUUUUGCAAGUGAAAUGUGGAGAUGAAUUGUGUGAAAGGCCAUCAAAUUUAGCUGUUACAACACUUCGAUAUGUUCCAGAUAAGCCUUACAAGUUACACAUUAAUUCACUGAAUUCUGAAGUUGAAAUAUUUGGUGCAACUGAUGAUCUUUAUUAUGCUCGAUAUGGCAGGAAUUAUGGAUUUUUACCAAAAAAUCAUAUUAGAGAAAAGGCUAAAGGGAAUUUUAUACAUUCAGUCCAACUUAAUCUUGAUACAUUAAGGAUUAAUUCACAAGUUAAAGAGACAAAUUUCCUCCAUGAAAUGUUAAAAUCUUCUAGUCAGCCAGAUCAGCAAAUAAGCAAUCAAACAAACAGUUCUCCAGAUGAAAAUAAGCACAAUCAUGAUCAUAGCAAUAACAACCACAAUCAUGAAGAGAAAAAAGUCGAAAUUGUUGAAGAAAGACCUACAGAUUAUAUUCCGAUUGGGACCGAACCAAAAGAUACAGUGAAGCAGGAAAAUGAAGUUAAAACGGAAAGUACUGAGACAGUUAAGCAAGAAAAGGAAGUUAAAACUGAAAGUACUGAGCCUAAGAAAGAGGAACAGCCUAUCCAAGAUGAUUCUGAUAAGUUAACAGCCGAGAAAUUGCAAAAAUCAAAUGAAAUAAAAAACGAAAAACAGGAAAUUCGUCAAGAAAAUAAUGAUAGCGGAAUCGAGGACGACGAAGACGAUGACGAGACUGACGAUGAGGAAGAAGAUGAUGAUGAGGAUGAGGAAGCAGAUUUGUUAGACAUCCAGGAACAGAAAAAUGAUACAAUUACAGAAAAUACCGAACCAAUAAAAAUUGAGGAAAAUAGAGUUGAAUUAAAUGCCACGACAUCAAAAGAAAAUGAAGAGAAACCCAUAGAAAAAGUAGACGAUAUCAAAAUCGCGAAACCGGAAAUUGUACAAGCUGAAAAUGUUGUUGAUCAAGAUAAAAAUGUUUUCGAUGAGAGUAAAACUAUUGAAAUUGGUGACACAAAAACUCAGGAACCAGAAUUAAUUGAUAAUAACUCUGCCGAGAAUAAAACCGAGGGAGUAGAGCAGAUUGAAGCACCAAAGGAACCAGAAAAGAUUGAGGAAAUUCCAGAAAAAGUCGAAGAGAAGAUUGAAAUUCCAGAAUUCAAACAAAUUCCAGAGAUUAAGGAAGAAAAAGAAGUAAAACCAAGAGAUCCAGCACCAGUAAAUGAAGAAAUAAAUGAAGAACCAAUUACUACACAAAUUCCAAUUACAGAACAGCCAAUUCAAGAAAAGUAUGAGCCAGAAAUUCCACUCCUAAUUGAUGAAACCACAACACCAUCUUACCAACCAAUCACUAAUUUACCAGAACUUAAACAUGAAGAAAUAACAGAAGUGCCUCCUUCAUCUCAGGAAAAACGUGAAGAUAAAAAUGACCAAGAUUUAUUAUUAAAGCGAUUUAGUGAGAAAUUGGGACAUAGACAUCCAGAAGGUGUUGGAAGUGUCGAACAAAUUCACCACAGCCAUCAGCAUUCACAUGAUCAGCAUGGGCAUUCACAUGAUCAGCAUGGACAUUCACAUGAUUCACACAGUCAUUCACACGCUGCUCACAGCCAUGAUUCACACGAAAAUCAUCAACAAGUUUUACACAGUCAUGAGCAUGUAUCACAGCACUCACAUUCACAAGAAAAUGUUGAACAACACAGUCACGAUCAACAAACUGCCACGUUAAAAGAGGAUCUUGUGAAAGAGGAAAUUGUUGAUCAAGAUAAAAAACCAGGAUUUUUCAGUGGAUUAGUCAAGAAAAUAUUCGGCGAUGAGCAUCCACAUUCACAUGAUUCAAGCAACGAUGCUCAAAAAUUAUCAUCUGAAAAUGUUGACGAAGGUUUUUGUGAGAAAAUUGAUUCAGAGGACUGUCCAAAGUCUGUUAAAAAUGAUGUAAAACGUGAAGUUAAAUACGAUUCUGCAAACUCAAACACAGUGGAUGAUUAUAUCAAAAUGAUUCUCAUCGAAGCACUAGAAAUGAUUGAUGUAAUUAUUACAUUGGGUCUUGUUGCUCUUACUGUACUGAUUUUCAUCUUUGGUCAUUACUGUAUCAGUAAAGCAAGUAAGGAAGGCAGUCUCAUUAGAAAAAUGAAUGAAUUGGAACGAGAAAUAAUGUCAACGGGUAAAGAAAAUGGAAAUCUUAAAGCUGAAGUUGAAAUUACAAAGCAACAGCUUAAAAGUAUUCAAGAUAAUUCAUUCGGAUCAAAUGACAUGGUUAUUGCAUUAAAACAAGAUUUGGAACUUAAUGAAAGAGAAAAAGAGGAAUUGUUGGAUAAAAUAUCGUCAUUAGAGAAGGAAUUGGAAGCAGCAGCUGAAGAUGGACUUGAAUUAAAUCGUAUGGUAUCGGAAUUGCUUAAUAAUCAAACUGGCAGUGAUUCAAUCAUUAGUUCUGUUGAAGAUCUGCAGAGACAACUUAACGAGCAACAAGAAACGAUAAUAACGAUGAAUGAAGCACUAGCAUUAAAAUCUCGAGAAAAUUCGGAACUACAAAUUCAACUAUCGGAAAUAAAUAGUAAAUUUGGUGGUGAAUAUGAAAAGUUCCAACAGCAAGUCGAUGCAGUAGCACUUGAGCGUUCUAAUUUACAAAUCGAGUUGGAAAACUUAAAACGUGAAAGUGACAUGCAAGUGAAUCAAAUAAUUGAGGAAAGAAAUUCUGAAGUAACAAGAUUAAACAGUGAAUUGACAUCGUAUGCUGGAAAAUAUGAUGAAAGUAAAAAGCUCUUAACAUCUGCUGAAUCUAAAGUGCAGGCACUUGAAGAAUGUAUCGAAACUAUCAGAAAAACAAAGGGUGGUGAUUUUAAAAAUCUUCUUGACGUUGCUGAUCUUAAGGCUGAUCUCUUAGCUGUUACAAAGGAGAAAAGUACGAUACAAGAGCAAUUACAAAGUGAAAGAGAUUCAAGGAAAUUACUUGAAGAUCGCGUAAAAACCGUUAGUGAUGAUUUGUCAAAUUUAAAGAAAGAAUUUAGUGUUGCUGAAAAAGAGAAGCUUGAUGCACAGACACGACUUGAUGUCUUAUCAAAUUAUUUCAAGGAAAAAGAAACUCAACUGACAUCAGAAUUGAGUUUGAAAGAAGCAAGAUGGAUGAAACAGCAAGGCGAAACUACGAGUACAGUCGAGAAAGUUCAAGCACUCAAUGCGGAAAUUCAGACAUUAAAAUCACAAAAUGACGAAUUAAAGGCAGAAUUUGAAGCUCAGAUUAUCAGCUACAAGGCAAAAUUGACGUCUGUAGAAGGACAAUCGCAUACAGCAUGGCUAGCAGCUAAACAAUCUGAGAGAAAAAUGGAAGAAGCGAGAAUGGAAGCAGCAGCAUUAAGACGUCGUUUAACUUCGAUUGCUGAGAAUCCAGGAAUGACCAGCGCUGAAUUACUCAAUGGAUUACCUGGACCAAACGACUCAAUGAAUACAAUUCCAUCACCAAUGAGAGUUGAAUCGCCAAAUAAUAUAAGCUUACCUCCAUUUUUGCCAGGAGCCCCACCUUUUAUGCCAGGAAUAACCAGCGCUGAAUUACUUAAUGGACCACCGUUUAUGCCACCUCCAUUUAUGCCAUUACCACCAAUGGGACUUCCACCUUUGGGUCGAUUAAUGAGUCCACCACCAAAGAGAUUUACCCCAACAAUGAGAGAUGAUCGUGAUAGAUAUAGUCCAAGACAUGGAAGAUAUUCACCAGAUAGUCGAUAUGAUGACUAUACGCCGUUUGAAACUGAAACGGAUAUUAGUCCUCCAAGAUCACCUGUACCUCAACGACGAGGAUUUAGCUCACCAACAGAUCGUAAUAAGAAAUCAAAAGGUAAAAAUGGAAGCAAUCGAUAUUCCGAAUCGUCAUGUUCAUCAUCAUCUACAUAUACUGAUGAAUCUGAUGAUUAAUCAUCAUUGUAAUUAUUUUAUUCAUUUUGGUGUUACUUUUUUUGUAAAGCUUUAUGUAGUCAUACUUUUUACUGCCUUGGAAAUUAUUAUUUUUGACAAUCAUUAUUUUUCUUCUCAUUAUUGUACUUUAAAGUAAUCAUACCAUAGUCUAACAUUCUUCAAAUUGUCCAAAAAGACAUUUACUAAUGUUUUGAGUGAUAAUAAUUAGGUUUAGCACACUUUCCAUUUGACAUCAAUACAUUCACAAUUCAUUAAGUUAAAUUCUAUUGGAUAAUUCGAAAAUAAUUAGACAAAAUUGAAUUUUUUUGUAAAUUUUUCUAGUCUAUAAGUUUCAUGGGUUCAUUAGCAUGUUAAAGAGAUUAUAAUCAAUUUGGUCAACUUUUUGU